AUGCACCAGGACGCAUCAUCGUCGCAGCGUUCGAAGGAUGCGUCUAGGAAGAAACAGGUGCUUCUCUCUGCAUCAGCGGCUACUUUUGUACUGGGCGCCGUAGGCGCAGCUGCGUAUGCAUUUCGAAAACGGCCAUUUCCUGCGGCAUCCCAUGUCGAGCUACAUACCCCCCCACAACAGGCCACCAAAAGUAUGCGCGCCGUGGCGCCGGUCCACACCGAGGAAUCGAGCAUGCCAGACAAGAGCGCCUGGGCCAUUUUUCGCGACAUGCACAUGGCCCUCUUUUCCUCUUCGAAGCGCGCGCGUCCCGUCAAACCCAUCCCCGUGUCACAAAUACGCCCGACUGGUUCGCCACUCAGUGCUUUAUCGCGUGCGCCUUCGACGCAAGAGCGUUCUGCGGCACUUCCUGCUCUUAACAAGACACGCAUCGCGCCACCGCCAGAAGACACAGAAGGCCAAGGUGAUGAUGGGCCGAUGCUGGCCAUCUUUGCGUUUAGCACGGCCACUGUGAUUGUCGGUGCUAGUGCGCUGGUGGCCACACUCCUUGUCCGCUACGGACUCGGUAUACGCUCUAUUGAAGAGUUUGCCGAUAAGAUGCACGACAUCCUGCCGUCUCUCAACAGAGAUGCUCGCCUGGCGCGAUACCUGCCGGCUGUGCCGCCGCGGCCCCCGGCCGAACCGGACAUGCCCUCGGUGGACGUCCCUGCCUCCGAGCUAGAGCACAAGCUGGAGCACACGGAAGACGCCCAAGACUGGCUGCGGUACGCUGUGAUGCAGCUCGAAUCCGAGCUGGCCGCUCACGAGGCAGCCAAGCGCGAACGGCGUCACCAGCGUCUCAUAUGUACAAAUGGCGCUACGGGGGCGGCGGCACGCGACGCCUGA